AUGGAAACUAGAGGUUGGAAGACAGGACUAAUCAUUGCAUUUGUUACUUUAUUGUUGAUUUGUCCUAUGUUUGAUUCAAUGCCCAUCCAUAAGGAAGGUUGUCAGAGAUCCCCAUUUCUUAGACGUUUUUCACGGAACACUCCUUUCUGGAGAAUUGUCGGUAGCAGUAAACCUAUUCAAGCCCUCUGUCAGAGUGACUAUGAGUGCAGCACAAAAACUUGCAGGGACGGACGCUGUACUCAUUCUAAAUUUGUGUCCUGA